AUGUCGCUACCCUCCUUCACCCGACUAAUUCGUUUCAUCGCCAAGAAUGAUGCGUCCAAGAUUCUAAUUGGUGAGCCUACCUCAGCCAGUGAGGACGUAGGCUUAGCGCUGAGAAAAGGCCUGGAUGUCUGGGCCUACCUCUUCACUGGGUCCUCCAUGCUAGCACCAGGAAACAAGACACAGCAAAUCGUGCAAAUUGAUCGGUUGCUUUCUCCUCUUGCGCAGCAAGAGGUAGGCACUAUUAGGUGCAUUGGGCUGAAUUACAGACAGCAUGCUCGAGAAGUCAACCUCGCCAUACCGACCGUCCCGACCGUCUUCUUGAAGCCAGCCACCAGCCUCAACGAUCCUUUCCCGUCGCCAAUUCCGUUACCCAAGAUAUCACAGUCGUCCGAUUCUGCUGAUUACGAGGCAGAACUAGCAGUAGUCAUUGGGAAGACGUGCCGCAAUGUGAAAGAGGACGAGGCUUAUGAUUAUGUCCUUGGAUAUACGGCCUGCAACGAUGUGUCAUCCAGAGCACCGCAGUUUCGAGAUAGUCAGUGGUGCUUUUCCAAGGGAUUUGAUGGAGCUUGUCCUCUAGGCCCGACAUUGGUGUCUAGCCAAAUCAUCCCCGACCCAAGCACGCUCAAUCUGAGAGGUCUCCGGAACAACCAAGUUGUUCAAGACAGUGGCAUAGAGUGA